GGUUGGACUUACGAGAAAAUGCACUUUUAAAGAGCCUUUAAUGUAUGUGUAUGAUUAUCUUGGUCACUGUUGGGACCUGUGCCAGGACCCCCUAACCCUACAUGGAAGUCCGGGUCCUCCCACAAGGAAAGGGCCGAAAUGCAUCAGCCCAGACCGGGUCUAGACCGCAGGAGCGUUGAGCAGCUGCGCCUUUUCACUUCAUACUGAUUCUUUGGUAGUGAUGUCAAGCAAUGCUAGGGAAGAAAACGCCGAUAAAGUGCAACAAAGAAUGAAUGAAUGCUUACAAGGUACGUCUUAGUUUAAUUAAAUCGUUUUAAUGUCCGAUUAUAAAUAUUAAAAACCUGCACAAAAAAGCAUAACGCUUAUGCGAACGUAUAUGCAAAGUAACGCGUUAUAUUACCAUAUAUAUAGUGUGUAUAGUCAUAAUGACCAGUAUUUGUAUUAUACAAAACUUUAAUCCAGUGAAUAUAUAUAGAAGUUUAAGUGAAAUAUCAUCCACAGGUUGCCUAUGCCAUUUCUAAACGAUCAAAGAUAAAGAUUAGAGACGUUUUACCGGCCACAGGCAACAAAUGCAUUAGAAUACUUAUUGUUUACGCAUGAAUAACAGGGAAAUACUAAAGUGGAUUUUCGGGUUAAGAAAUUAAUAUUCAACCCGGCAACACAGCUGAAAAAGCGAAAGCAACUAUUGUUACAAUGGUUAACUUUGCACAUUAAAACGCGUAUGCAUGAGCACCGGAACUCCAAUAAACGAAAAUAUUCUCUGUACAAGAAGCUUAUUUGCUACGUCUGUAAUUUUAUUUUUACACAACAUGAAUACCAGUGCUAGUGUAUCGGGAGCCGUAACGGUGCUGAUAAGUCCCUCUGGGUUUGUUUAAGGGCGUUGCGCUGUUUCCAGCUAUGCGAAGACUCAGUCCUUUGAGGAAAGAUCUGUUUAAUGUCUUAACUCUGCCCUUGAUUUUUUCCUUUCUUUUUCUGUUACUUGGGUAUUUUCCCCCGGGUCAAGAAAAGAAUUGUAAACAGUGAGUAGGCCCAUCUUUAAAGUAUUUUAUGAAAGCAGUGAUUAAACGGGACAUGGCGUAGAAGGCCGUUAUUAAUAUGAAUAUGAAGCAUUUUGUCUUUACCAAGACCUUAGUGUCAGUCGGUUUACCGGUCCCUUGUUAAGUUUUUAGCUUGCAUGCCCCGUAUUUUUUUUUAUCUACAAUUCCACAUGUAGACUUCUGUGUUAAUUUCUUACACUUCAUAGUAAUUAAAAACACAAAACCCCUUGGCUGUCUGGCCUGCCUGUCCUGUCUGUGCCGUCUGAUAGUGACAUGCUUGAUUCUGCAUCCCGUCUGCCAGUUCCAGCUGGAUCACUGGCAUUUUUGCUGGUGUGGUCUGUAUGCUCAGAUAGUAGGCGACCUUCCAACUUUUGAGAGAGAUCUUUAAAUAUACAUAGAAUACACAUAUAUAUAUACAAAGCAGUGGCCUAAAUUGUGGAAACGCUUCCAAUUUUUAUAGAUUACUGAACUUUACUCCAGUUACUUAUUUAAUCAUGCAGUGUAUGAUAUUUGUAAGCAUUCUUUGAUUGCUUAUAAACAUUACCACCAAUACUCCUGUAGUAAUUUUAAUGGAUAAUGCCAAAUGUGCUAGGUGUUUUUGCAAUGUUGGUUGCUAGCGUGUGUGUGUUUUUUUUUUUUGGGGGGGGGGGGGGAAUCAUGUAAUAUAAUGUUUAUAUUACAUUGUGGGGAUCAUUUUUCAAAUCCCCACAUAGAUUUGUAAAAGAAAUCAAAAAACUAAAAAUGCCAAAAAUCUCGUAUUUAGUUUCCUUAUGGUUAAGGUUAGGGCUGGGUGGGGGUUAAUGUCGUCAUGUUGGGAUUAGAAUUUUCCUCAUAGAUAUGAAUGGAGAGUCCCCACAAAGAUAUAAUUACAAACCUGUGUGUGUGUGCAUUUACAUGCAUCAACAAUAACAGAACAGUGAGUGUGACAAUCUGCUGCAUAUAAUGUCAAAAAAAUUUCAAAUUGCAGUUAAAUACGAUUUCCUUUUGCUCUGAAUCAAAUCUAUUUAUGCAUUCUUCGUUGACAAAAAAACUGCAGGUUCGUGAGUUCAGUUUUGAUAAGGGACUCAGUAAUGUUUAUCAUGGAAAUAAUUUUGGAUAAGAAUCAUAAUUUAUUUGUUCACUUUGCCUCUGAGGACGCAGAUGUCCCUGGUGGAAAGGGAGCCCUGAAGUCUGUAAUGCAUACAAAUUUGUCUCCUCAGGAUUUUAGAGUUCAGUGCACGCAGGAACAUCAGCAGGGAAGUGAAAUUGAGUCAGAAACCUUGUAUUUGCCGUGUACAUGGGAUUUGUUUUGGUGGAGGUAUGAAUAUAUAAUUUAAAUAUUCAGUUAAAAAUACAGAAAACGAUAAAUGGAAUAAAGACGAAGAGAGAGAUAGAAUGAGAAAAUGUGUUAUUCAUAAAUAAACAAAUGAACUUCAUUUCAGGUUGGUUAUGUUCUAUCCGAAGUUGGUUCCUUUCUUAUACAUAGAAUAUGACAGUGUAGCAGCUGUCAGCAAUGCUUAACUCCUGUAUAGUAUCUAACCCAUGUAUUGUACCAUGCUUUACUGUAUUUAACCAAAUAAGUAAAUAAAUCGAUUUGUCACCUACUGAUAAUUAGUCAUGGUAACUGUGUGUUUACUUGUUCAAUGACUGUAGUUAUUUGUUAAUAUUGAACUUACGAUGUUUUCCACUUCAUCAGAAUGUAACCCCAUCAUAAGUCAACAAGCACAUGUAUACAGCUACUCUAAUACCUAAUCUAAUAACCCAAUUACUCAGAAUGUGGAAAUGCUGAGGAAGGUUCUGGAAGCAUGACUGGUGUGUAUGUGGAACAGCACAUGCUCCACACUCAUCUGGACCAGGUGACAUUAAUAAUAAUGACACUGUAUUGAUCCCUGUGGGGAAAUUCUCUUCUCACCUCCCCCAUCUUGCUCCCAGUGACACACAGCUGAGCAGAGAGCCGCCGCCCACAGCAGCACCCCCCCCCACACACAGCUAGGGGCUGAGGACUUUGCUCAAGGGCCUCAGACGUGUGGAUAUUCUGCCGAUGCCAGGACUCAAAGGUGUAACCUAACAAUCACCAGCAUGGAGGCGUAACGCACUGAGCCACAAGAUGAAAGCGACAUGAGCAACUUCGUUAGGCCUUAAACUCAGAUCUGUAAAUGCAUAUUAAUUAACAUUUACACCACCACAACCUAGAAGUCGCUUGCUACGUGCGGAUCUGGAGAGAAUACUUGCAAAAGCUGAAGACCGAAGAGUCCCAGUCCCGUAGGACACCAUGACGGUUCCGGGCCCCUCUAACACCACCAGCCCUCCAACAUGCUUCACCGAUUACAGACCUCCUUCUCCCACCAGCAACACGACAGUGGUUGCAUCCGCCUACUUUUCUGCUGUCUUCAGUGCACUGGGCCUCAGCUCCAACCUGUUCGCCUUUGUGGUCCUGAUGAAGACCUACCAGCGGAGCCGGAGCAGCUCGCGCUCCUCUUUCCUGAUAUUCCUCUCCGGCCUGGUGGUGACCGAUUUCAUGGGGCUGCUGGUGACCGGCUCCAUCGUGGUCUCCUUCCGCAUCACCCAGUUCAACUGGGGCAAUUUGGACCCCCACUGCCACUUCUGCAACUUCAUGGGCAUGUCUAUGGUCUUCUAUGGCCUCUGCCCCCUGCUGCUGGGGGCUGCCAUGGCCGUGGAGCGCUUUGUGGGCAUCAACCGGCCCUUUGCCCGCUCCACACACAUGUCCAAGGGCCGCGUGCUGAGCACGCUGCUGAUGGUGUGGUGGGUGGCGGGGGUCAUUGGCCUGCUUCCCACCAUGGGGCUCAGCAGCUACCGCCUGCAAAGUCCCGGCUCCUGGUGCUUCUUUAGCAUUAGCUCCCAGCCCUUGGACCUGACCUUCUGCCUGAUCUUCUCCCUGUUGGGACUGCUGUCGCUGGCCGUGUCCUUCGUGCUGAACACCGUGAGCGUGGUGACGCUGUUCCGCAUCUGCUGCGGACAGGCUGCCACCAUGCGACGGAGGGACCAUGAGGUGGAGAUGAUGGUGCAGCUCAUCUGCAUAAUGAUCAUCGCCACCAUCUGCUGGUGCCCCCUACUGGUCUUCAUCGCCAGGACCGUACUGUCAGAUGGCCAGCUAAAGAUUGAGUAUUUGCUGCUGGGGAUCCGUUUCGCGACCUUAAACCAGAUCUUGGACCCCUGGGUCUACAUCCUGUUCCGCCGUUCCAUCCUUAAGCGCAUCUACCCCAGGGCUAACUGGUCCCGUGACUCCAUCAUGACCAUGCACCCCAACUUCUUGGUGUCUGUAAGGAAACUGACGCGCGCAUCCCUGGGAGGAGGGCUUGACGAGGCCCCCAAACACAGGCCCUCAGAGUCGACCAACGAAUCAGCCACUCCUGUCCACCUGCUGUCCUCCUGACCACACCGACUACUCUGAUCCAGAAGCGUCAAACUACCAUCGGCCACGUGUUUCCACAAAGGAUCACACAUCUACAAUGUGAAGUGGCUUUACCUCGAGUUCUGCACAGCGCGGAAAUGGAGCGAGAGAUCAGAAGCGAAUUGUUUAUGCGGGACAUGUAUAUGACUGGAUGUCUUCUGCUUUGUGAAAGACGGCCAGGUCAUUACCUAAGAAGACCUCUCCAGAGAACGAGACCUGGUUCCCUGCUGGGUUCUGUGACGAUGGGAUUUAUUCUAGUCGAUGUUCCAAUGUGUAUCUAAUGUGUUUCAUACAUCCAGCGGCAGGUUUAGUGCAUGUUCUCCCCAUGUCGUCAUGAAAUUUCCUCCAGUUACCCCCUGCAGUCCAAAAAUGUACUGAGUUGAACAGAUUUCUAAAUUGCCUGCUGGUGUGUGAGCGCGCCCUGCGAUGGGUUGGCGCCCCGUCCUGGCUUCCCUACCUCGUGCCCGUAGUUUUCAGGAUAGGCUCCAGACCCCCUUGCAACCCUCAAUAAGAUAAGUGGGCAUAAAACAUGGGUUUUUUUUCUAGGGUUCCACUUAAACAUUCAUUAUGGGGCCUCGAGCCCAAGCCCUCUCUCAUUGUUUGUGGUAUAGAGAUGGGUCAGCUUCAGCUUCAGCUGACUAGUUAGACACUGUCUGUCUUUGGUUUUCACUCUUUCAUGGCGCCGCUGGGAUACAAUCACCUCAAGGUUGCAUAUAACGUUAAUCUUAGCCUAAGAGCAUAGGUAGCCAGCCGGUUAGCAGAACAUGCUGCUUCAACAUCUCCCGAACAAGGAACAUGUUUGUGUAAUAUUUAGUGUAGUGACUGUUUGUGGCCAACAGGGGGCCAUAUAUUACUGCAUGGUUUGAAUGGCUGUAAAUGCCACUGCUGCAUAUAGCUAAUCAAUCAAGGACAUAGGGAGAAUUUCAUAGGUAGCAGCAUAUAUAUGCUAAACAAAUGUCAUUAUGAAAUAUUAUAUGACUAAUAUAUGGUAAGUACAUAGUUAUGUGUCCAGUUGUAACUGUCACUGGCCACAAAAUCUGGAGAAUAUAAUUAUACGUUUGCAUGCAUUCUUUUCAUAUCUAUGUUUCUUUCUAAGCAAUAACUUUGUAAACUGGCACGGCACAUCACACACAACAAAACUGUACAGAUUCUAGUAAUGUUAUUUAGAGAGACAAUGCUUGUAUGUCUGAAUGCACAUUUUGCAUGUGGUAGCUCCCCCUGCUGGCUGAGAAUUAACAGGCGUGACAGCACGAAUUCAUUUUAGAUGGGCAUUUGUGUAACUAUUUGAUGAGUAUAUCCCUCAUUUAGCCAGAAGUUAUGUUCACAUAUCACCAAUCAAUUUUAACGCUUACCUGCUAUUUUUCGAUGAGGCAGGCAGCUUUAAGGAUUACUUUAGCUCUCAUGCGUUUAUGCCUUUGUUCUUCGUGUUAAAAAUAAAAAUCCUUUUAUAUGAGCCUA